CUUUGACAGGUGGAAAAUGUCUGAGUGACGUGUGGCAUGAAAACAUACGUGUGAAAUCCACAUCAAAAGAAGGAAAUCGCAGAUACAAAUACAUUUUCUUACGUUUUUCAUAAAAAAUAUAAAAUUCUCUAAAUGGAAAGCCAGCCAAGCAAAGAGGACAUCGAAUCCGUAUUCCACAGUUUGAGGUCGAUACCUGGCAAUAAGGUGUGUUUUGACUGUAACGCCAAGAAUCCAACAUGGUCCAGCGUCACUUAUGGCAUUUUUAUAUGUAUAGACUGCUCAGCCAUCCAUCGCAGUUUAGGGGUGCAUUUGACAUUCGUGAGGUCUACACAGUUGGACACUAACUGGACAUGGCUACAGUUGAGGCAGAUGCAACUUGGUGGAAAUAGCAAUGCAUUGCAAUUUUUCAGUCAACACAAUUGUACCACAACGGAUGUACAGAAGAAAUAUAAUUCAAGAGCUGCUCAGUUGUACAAAGAUAAAUUGAAUCAAGCUGCCAUAGCUUCAGUGAAAUCCAAUCCACAUCUUCACAUUACUUCAUCUCAUGAAAACCAUGACAAAUCAAAUGCAAAUAAUGCCACAUUGGACAUUUUUGCUGAACACGAGCAACUUGCAUCUAAAGAAGUGCCAGUUGAAGAGGACUUUACACCAAAAAUUACUAAAAAGGAAAUGAUGAAUUUGGAAGAUGGACCUAAGGUAGACUGCCUGAAUUCAGAGCUAAAUUCUGCAUCAGCACCAAAAACAUCAAAUAUUACUGCAAGGAAGCAGCCUGCAAAGAAAGGUUUGGGAGGCGUGAAAAAAUCCGGCCUGGGCGCCACUAAAGUGAAGGCGAACUUUGCCGAACUGGAGCGCGAAGCGGAACUAGCCGAAGAGAGCCGAAUGGUCGCUGCCGAAGAAUCGCUGAAAUCCGUAGCGCGUUCGGCACAGGAACGCAGCGACCAAGAAGCUGCCGUGAAGCUAGCCUACAAGGAUAUCAGCGAGCAACAACAUAAACAGGAGGAAAGAUUGAGGAAGCAGGACCCCAAGAAGGCGGAUCAGUUCGAGAGGCUCGGCAUGGGGGUCAUGUCAAAGAGCGGAAUAAGCCAUUCGGCUCUGAGCGACAUGCAAACCAUAGAACAGGAGAAUCUCCCGUCUGCUCCGAGCACGCUAAGUUCGCUAGGCAAACUCCGACUGACGGACACCGAGAGUUUCUUCGACGACCACGGGUUCGGAAGCGGCGGGCUAUCCAGCGGUUUCGGUGGAUUCGGGAGCGGCAGCAGUUCGGGAGGAGGAGGAGGAGGAGGAGGCGUUAGCAAGAUAGAGGCUUACCUAGCGGAGGCGAAGAGCAAUAGCAAGGACAGUUGGGUUAUCAUCGAUGAUCCGCCGGAGAAACCCAAGAGUAAAUCGACGGAGAGACCGGUAAGGACACUAAUAGAUUCGUCCACAUCUUCUGACGAGGCCCGGAAGAAAUUCGGAAAUGCCAAGGCGAUCUCGUCUGACCAGUACUUCGGAGACAAAGGUGACGAUUAUGAGACCAAGGCGAAUCUGAGCCGGUUUCAAGGAUCUUCCAGUAUAUCUUCGGCUGAAUUCUUCGGAAACGAUAGAGAAGUACAACCGACAUCAUCCUUGUCAAACUAUGACAUAGAAGAUGUAAAGGAAAGCGUCAGACAAGGAGUUACAAAAGUAGCUGGGAAACUAGGUUCUCUUGCCAAUGGACUAAUGUCUUCUAUACAGGAUCGCUAUGGUUACUAGCAUACAGCCUGCAUUCAUAGCAUAGAUGAGAAUCUUCUGCAAGAGUUGGAAUCAGACAAGUCACUGUUUAUAGACGCUACAUGUUACAAACGCGAAUAAAGGUGCCUUUUGGUAUUAAAGUCGUCGAAAAUUUGGUGAGUGGCGUGCGUACAUCGUUGUCGAAAUUGUGGUGUUUAUGUAGUUAUAGUUGACGACAGGCUUAUAGUGUCUGUUUACGGUUUUUAUCGACGGUGAAGAAGCAGAAAGAAUGCAAAGAAACGCUAUAAGUCUGUCGUGAACUAUAAAGAUAUUAGUGUGAAAAAGUACAAAUUUAAAGGCCAGUUUUUCGUAAUCCAUAUCGAACUAAAAUUACAAGAAACAUUCCUAGUUAUUUAGUGCAGUUUGACUUUUUUGUGGGUGAAAAUUUACAGUAGUUCUAUACAGAAUCAUUUUAGGCAUAUAUCACAACCAUUCCUUCAUUUUUGUCUUCAGAAGAAGAUGAGACAUCGAUGUACGUAUAUUCUUUACCUUAUUCCAUAAACAAUAAAAUAUCAGAAUAUUCCGGUAAAAUUGAAUAAUUUUAGAAUGUAUUUCGUAUAUGAAGGAAGUUGUUGCGCGUAUUAUUAUACGCGUGUUUUCAUUUUUUUGUUUUGUAGAGAAUGCAUAUUUUAUUGUAAAAUAAUUUUACGAUUGGUGUAUGAACUGUACAUUGAUAUAAAUAAACAGAUAGUGCUUUAAGA